CCGCGCCGAGAUGGUGGGAUGCGGUGGGCAGGGUGUGCAGGGGGUGCGGAGGGCAGGAUGUACCGCGCCGCCAUCGCCGUGGCCGUGCCCCUCCUGACAUGGCGCCGGGACCGCCAGGCUGGGGAUGGGGAUGGGGCUGGAGCGCUCCUGUUUCCCCCGGGAUGAGGAGGAGCAGCCGCACUCCCAGGCCGAGCGGCCCCUCGGGCGCUCCGCUGUCCCUAUGUCCCCAGGGCCAUCUCGCGGAAAAGGGGGCCCGGCUGUCGGUGUUCCCGGGGCUUUGGGGGAAAAGCUGGCGUCUGGCAUCGGCCAUGUCGGGAAUGAAAGGGGAAAAGUGUGGGAAAAGCGGCCUUGGGAGUCGAAGGGCAAGUUCAGGUUUUAAACAGCACCUUUUUAGUGCUUGGGAGUUCAAGCGUGUGGUAAGAAAUACACGGCCCUUUCUAUUUUUCCCUUGUCUUCGUGUGUCAUUUUGGAUUUGUCAAGGAUGAGAAGAAGAGAAUGCAGAACCUACUGUUCCAGAACCCGUAUAAGCCAAAUUGCUAUGCCGGCAGAGCAGGGAAGAGAUUCUGGAUCCGCCUCUUAGAAGGAGGGCAGCCCGGGAUGAAUGCAGGCUUAUGCAAUAGAGCAGCCAGACUGUUGUGCUUAAAACAUCGAGUGAUUGUUGGGAACACACACUUUAUCUGUCAGAGUGAGGCUUUUCCAAAUGACUUGUUCUGAUGCACACUUGGCACUGAAUGGGAAAAAAUAGAGUCCAGGGACCGAGUUCAUCAGCGUUGCUUUUUGAAAGCAACAAAACACAUACAUACAUUUCAUACAUAGACUGUAUGAAAUUUGUUGGUAUCUUUCAGCACCUGCUUUGUGGUUGAGGGUUUCAUUUUCAGGGCUAAAAUAAAAAUGCUUUAGUGGCAAACACAUUUGCAUGAAGAAAAUUGCAUAACACCACCACUUACUAUCUCUGAGCACAAAAUUAAUUAAUUUCAUAGAGACUAGGCUAAAUUAAAUUGACUUGGGUAUUCUGCUUAAUGUAACAGACCCUAAAUCUAGAUCUAUUUUCUUUUCUUGUUUAUUUUGUAGGACACAGAUGCCUUUGGGAUAAGAGGGACACUCUUGCCACAGGCAGUUCACAAAAAUAAUAGACGCUUUUUAAAAUAAAGCACUUGGACUUUUUCCUUCUAAAGCAAGGGACUUGACUUUGUGUAGCACAAGAAUUCAACUUCAUUCUUUAAAUUUCUAAGCUGCACCCUGACAGUGGCUGUCAGUGAAAUAUUUUUAGUCCCCAUUUUGAAUCAGAAAAAAAUGGCAACAAACUCUGAAAAGGUGAACUAACUACUACACAAAGUGUAAAAGUUUGGUUGAAGUUUGAAGUAAUGAAAUUUUUUGAAGUAUGAAAUAAUGAAAUCCUCGCCAAAUGUUUGUCAGUAUUUCUGCUGACUGAUUGUUCUAAGUCACUUGUUUCCUCCAAAUGCAUAUCUGCUUUGUUCUUAGCUUAGAUUAGUUUCCUUAAGUGCAAUAACCCUACAAACAUGCAGUAUAAUUUGGACUAGUACAGAACAGAAUUGGUCUGGAUUCUUCCUUAAUCUGAGUUUCCUCUAGGUUUUGGAAAUUUGUGCUUUUUAUUGCUGCCAUAGCAUGAAGCAUCUUCAGGACCUUCCCUAGAGAGUUUCUGUGGAGAUGGGUAAUUGUAAUUCCUGGUGAGAUUUGUGCUGCUGAGAUGUAGUACAGACAUUCUUUCUUUGGUGAAAAAGAAAAUGUACCAUGAAUCAUGGAUUUGCAUUCUAUGACACAUCUCAGAUCAUGAUAGAAGUGUUUUCUGCAUUUUCCUUGAACUACGAAGUUUUAGUUACUGAAUUUACCAAUAAUAAAAGUCUAUACCUAUUGCUGAAACAGGCUAGAUCCUGUUCUGAUGUAGUGCAGAUGGUUUCUUCCCAUAUGCCUCGGAUCUGCCUCAGUGUCUGGAGAUUUGUUGCUAUUAGGCUGCCACAGGGGCAUUUGGAAGGCUGUUUAAGGCAUGUUUUGAAAGCAGGCAGUGUGAAUUACAAUGCAGGAUGCACAAGUAUCCCCUGUGUAACUACAGAAAGUUACACACAGCAUCAUAGGGAAGUACUGUUGCAAAGAGGGGGAAGUGCUCUCCUCAAUAUUUUUCUCAGCAGGAGUAUAUCCUCUUUCUAAGUGAUGCCUGGAAAACAAGCAUUUGGACAGUAGAAUUUCUCCAAUCUUCUCUUCAUUCUGCUGCUAGAAUAGUGAUAAUAGGGUCACCAGAGGUUGAAGUUGAGAGGCUGAAAUAUCUGAAUGAGCCCUCAUUUUUUAUAGAUUCACUGCAGCUAAGUGGCUUGUGCAGGUAGAUUUAAAACAGAACUAGAAGGCCAGCAAAGAAUACUUUUUAGAAACUCAGUGACUGCAGCUAGUAUUUUAAGAUCUUCCAAAAUACUUAAAAAAAAAUAUAUAUAUUCCUCUUUAUCAUUCUCCUAGUCCAUGAUAACUGCUUAUUUAUUACUUUUCUGAAGUUUUUUUUUUUUCAAACCUUCCUUAGUCUAAACCUGCCCAGGCAGUGUGAACUUCCUCAUGUGAGCUGCUGGCUGAUUUUGAAUAUCCAUUCACCUCCGAGCUGGUUGAGGCUGCUCUCUGCCUUGCAGGAUCAGACUCUUGGCUCAUCUUUCAUAACUGCCAAGCUCUUUCAUAACCUCUGAUCUUUCAUAACCCCAAAUGCUCGCCAGUUCCUCUCACAUGCCUUUCGUAACCUACACACACGCCACGUGUUUAAUCUCGUCCACUUGGAAUAGGCCCAUCCUGAUGAACCUGAAAUACAAGUGUUUCUUGGGUGCUUUGUCUGCCUCAAUCCUCCUGAGACCCAGUCAGAUUUGUGUGGAUGUCAGACUUCCUUCCCCGAGACAAUGAAUGCUCAGUGGAGGGAAAAACCUGUUCUCUCUGACCUCAGAGCAGAAAAGGGAGCCUAGGCAUGGAUUUCCUUCUCUCCUGGGGUGUGAAGCCCUAAUUGCCUUAUAGGUGUGGCUUGGCUGGGGGUGACAGUCUCCUUCCCUUUCUGUCCUAAGCCGCGGUUGCUCUGUACCAUAGGGGUCCCCACCACGGUCUGCUCGGAGCAAAAUCCAGGGCCGCUCGCUGGGGAAGCUGCUGCAGCUGGAAUUGAUUUAAUUCUGCCUCAGCAGAGAGCCAUUCUCUACUCCAACAGUAAUUGCAGGCUGCAGUGCUGCAAUAAAAUAAGUUGUAGUUUUGCAGAGAGAGGGUGACCUCGCUGUAGCUACCUGGCCGUUGACAUGGAAUCCUCAGAUGCAUUCCAGUGCACUCCACGGGUUUGAUGCAUCUUUGUUACUUCAUGGGUUUGAUGGAUGAUCUCCUAACAGGAAAUAAAAUGGGAGGACAAGUGUAUCACAGCUUUAAUAAAACAGAGGAACAAAAAUAAAAAAUAAAAAAAGGAAGAAAUCUUUUUCAGUUAUUAGCCUAAGUGCGAGUGUUUCCUCUGUGUGACAGCCAGAGGCUUCCUGCGCUGUUAUUAAAGUGCACUUCAGUGGGAAUCCAUCCAGAUGGCUUUUUUACCCAGCAUAGGAUUAUAUAGGAUUAGUCAUAUAAAAUUGUUGUUUACCAUCUCUAGCCCUUUUCCCCAGAGCUUUUAUCAGGAAUCUCACAAAGCAUGUAGUUCGAGCCUGCCUUUAAGAGGGAACCCAGAUGAGCAGAUUUUCAUUUGUGCAAACUGCUACAAUGUUGUAGUUUAAUGUAAUCCUAAUGCUGCAAUGAGAGAUUUUAUACCUGAUAAAAGAGGCUGUUUGGCCCAGAUUUUCCUUUUGCCUACAAGAAGGGAAGUUAGAGCAUAAGGAGAUACUCUUCCUUAUUGUUUGACUCCCCAGAAAAGUGUGCUGAUCUCACUUCUGCUCCAUCAGAGACAACCAGGAAUUCUAACACUGGCACUGUUUUUUGUAAUGCUCGCUAAUGAGUAAUUUAUGGAACAAUGCUUGAUUAAUGCACUGUUCUAAGUGGGGUAUGAGACAUUUCCUGUGUUCCCUUUCUGUCCUGCAGAGCCAUACUCUGACCAUCUUCCUUCUCUAUGUCCAGAAGGCUCAGGGAUCACUGCUUAGACAUGGUCCACAUUUUCCCUCCUGCCACAAACUGAAAAACUGUCUUAAACAUGCAGUGCAAGGCUCUCCCUUUAGAUCUACCCUGGGGGUUGGUUAUAACAAGGAAUUUUUUUUUUCACUUCAAGGUCUGACAGACAGCUCUACUGGUAAAAUGGCGUCCUUCCAUUUCUUUCUGGAGUUUUCAGACUUGCUCUGUCAUCCUGGGAAAUGUUCCCUUCCAGGGAUUUUGUGCUGACAAAAAGUACGUGAUCCUUUGAGUAGCCCAAGCUGUUUUCAUAUGAGAGAGAACUUGGGCCAUUGUCUUAUGCUGGUACUGCAAUGCUGAGAUCUAGCUCAACCACUGUAAAGAAUCUCCCUCUGAAGAGGAGGCUCUGUUUUCUGCUGAAACUUGUGUGCUUUGUCAGCUCAGUGUUAAUAUUUUGUGAGUUUUUAAUUUACUAUGUGGUAAUAUUUCAAUGCCGAUGGCCACACGUGAAAGGUGGAGCUCACAUGAGUGAAAAAGAGACUUCAGCUUCAGUCCUAAAGGCCAUAAUUUUAGCUGAUACACACCUACUUGGUGAAAUCAAAGGACAUUGGCUGGAUAAGCUAAGAAGGGAAUGGCAAAUGGAGAGAUCUUUCCAAACUGCCUUAUGGUUACUGCAGCCAGAUAUUGUUUUUAUUCUGGGAGAUGUUUUUGAUGAAGGAAAAUGGAGCUCACCUGAGGCCUGGGCGGAUGAUGUCAGGAGGUUUCGGAAAAUGUUCAAACAUUCCGUUUUUACGGAGCUGGUGGUCAUUGCUGGAAAUCACGACAUCGGAUUUCAUUAUGAAAUGACUACUUACAAGGUAAAUCGGUUUGAAAAGGUUUUCAACUUUACUUCAGGAAAGCUGAUAACUCGGAAAGGAAUAAACUUUGUCCUAGUGAACAGUGUAGCCAUGGAGGGUGAUGGCUGUGGUAUCUGCCGUACCUCAGAGGCAAAACUUGUGGCUCUUUCUCACAAACUGAAUUGCUCCCAGCAGAAACCAAAUCAUUCCAACAGAAGAUGCAGUGAUGUGGAAAAGCUUCCAGCUUCAGAACCCAUCCUUUUACAGCAUUACCCUCUCUAUCGGAAAAGUGAUGCUGAAUGCACUGGAGAAGAUUCUGCUCCUCCAGAGGAGAAAAAAAUCCCCUUUAAAGAAAAGUAUGAUGUACUGUCUCAAGAGGCAUCACAAAAGCUGCUAUGGUGGUUCCAGCCCCGUUUGAUUCUCAGUGGGCACACUCAUAGUGCCUGUGAGGUGCUGCAUGCAGGGAAAAUUCCAGAAAUCAGCGUCCCAUCAUUCAGUUGGAGGAAUAGAAACAAUCCUAGUUUCAUUAUGGGCAGCAUAACACCAACUGACUUCUCCCUCCAAAAAUGCUUCCUUCCAUUUGAGAGCAGAGUCUUCACUAUCUACUGUGCAGCAGGUGCUCUGCUUGUGAUCCUGGUACUAGCUCAUGUUCAGCUUCUCACUCCACCGUUUUAUUUUGCUCAGCGUUUAAUCAGUAAGCAUAAAGCAGUAUGAAGAGCCAGACAUCUGCAUUCAGUCACUGAAAUACCAAAGCUGAGAACAGUCAAACAUCAGACUAUAUUCAUGCCAGCAAAUGACCUAAUUUGAUUGCUAGUCUGAAGGCAGGUUGCAUUUACACAUACCAUAGAAGUCCUAUACAGCUGAUAUGACUACUACAGGAUAAAUAAUUAACUGAAAUGAACGUUCAUGCUGUACAAAAAUACUGUAUUCGACAAUCAAAUGAGUCCUUUUCCUGCUAUAUUUUUUGUAUCAAAUAUGUAUAUUAAAAGUGUAACUGUACAUUAUGUAAA